GUGAAUAUGCCGUUCCCCUCAUCCAGCAAUGCAUCGCUUGUGUUGCCUCCGGUGUUGGCCACCACUGCAUCCUCUGAUGACGAUCUCAUUUCAAUUAUGAACACAGAGUCUGAAAGUAUCCCAAAAACUGAAUCAAAUUUAUAUUCGGGCAUUCAUUUGACGACUCCCUCUACGAGUACUGUUGACAGUCGUCUCAAUCAUAUUGAGAUGAUUAGUGCGGGUGAAUCCGAUUUGCCUCAGAUCUCCAUUAAUCCGCCCGAACCCACGGAUCUUAAUCCCACUCUACCGCCCAAUACACGGCUAAAUACGCCCAUCAAAGUGGACAUAUCUUCGCCGCCCUUUCCGCCACAACCGCCUCCACGACCGCUCCCGCCCUUCUCCUCUAUACAGAAGGCAUAUCCGAUGGCAGAUAUGAAGACGGAUUACUGUCCGCCGAUAUUUGUGAGGAGUCUGUUCUGGAAUUGGACGCGAAAGGGAGAGAUCGCUGACCAGAAAUGUCCCGGCGGUGCCACCGGUCUCGUCAAAUGGGAGUGCAGUUAUAAUCCAAUCACCAAAACUACCGAUUGGGUGCCCGAUAGGCCUGACUUCAGUCAAUGUCGGUCCCUAUGUAAUCUGUUAGACAACGCUCAGGACGACGCCUGGCUUGACCUGACUGUUGCCGACCGAAGACAUGUGGCCUCUAAACUGUUGAAAGGUCUGGAAUUGAGUGCACUGUUGUUGGCGGACAACACCAAUCAGGAUGGCUCGUUCGCUGUCGCCAAACCUAAUGUUUUGGUGUCGGUUCAUGUGUUGGACACACGAAUGCCUAUUAGUCUGCAAUUCCCAACAGUUGAGGACACCCGCGGCACUAUUGAAUGGAUUCGUAUGGAGGACUCACUCUUCCUGCCGGCGCAGGCAUUGCUUGAAUACUCAAAAGAUGGUUUGGCAAAAGUAGCCUUUUUGGCCUAUUAUCGCAUCGAAGACCUUCUGAAGCCCGACGUCUACUCUAUUAAUGACAAAAAAGAUGAGAAGUCUCUCUCGUAUUCAAUGUUCAAUAGAUUGCAAAACAUUACGUCCACUUCUCUGGCAAUUAACUCUCGAGUAAUCGGAGCGGCGCUCAGUAAUGGUCGCGCCGGUGAUCAGAAGAAUAUCCAAUUAUCGCAACCGAUUGCAAUCAUCUUAAGACAUAUACAGGAGGAGAACGUAUCGAAUCCGAAGUGUGUCUACUGGGAUGUGGAGCGCAGGGAUUGGUUGUCAGAGGGCUGUUGGAUGGAGUCGACAAACGCCACGCACACCGUCUGUAUGUGCAAUCAUUUGACACAUUUCGCACUCCUGAUGGACAUCCGUCCCAUCGAUCUGUUAGUACCGGAAAAUAAUUGGCAGAAAUUGGUUGUCAUAAUCGGCUGUGCGAUUGCAAUGUUAAGUCUGGUAUUCGUAUCGACAAUAGUGUGUGUUGUGAGCGCCGGCAAUACCGAAGCCGUUUCAAUCCAUCGUAAUCUUUGUGUCACUCUUUUAAUCGUUGAAAUGACUUAUUUAAUUGGGAUCUACAGAACUGAUAUCCCAUUGUUGUGCGGCUUAACUGCCGGUUCUCUACAUUUCUUCCUAUUAUCGACACUUUUGUGGACAUUUUUAGAGUCAAUCGAUCUCUACUUAAACCUAAUAGAUAUGUAUGAAAGCGUCAAAUCCGCCAAAAGAUUGAUUUGGUAUUAUAUGAUAGCAUACGGCGGACCCGCGCUUAUUAUACUCAUUGCCUUACUUAUCGAUCCGUCGAGUUAUGGCACACAAACCCAUUGUUGGCUAAGAACUGAUAAUUACUUUUACUUGAGUUUUGUGGGCCCAGCCAUUGGUAUUGUGUUCGGCGGACUUGUAUUUGUGUUAAUUUCGUGUUUUGUUGUACUCAACAAUUCAAACACCAGUACAACAAUCAAAUGCAUUGAAGAGACUAAGUUAGAUGUGACCAGGAAUGGCAUCAAAUGGGUAGUGGUGUUGCUUAUACUACAAGGCCUUACCUGGACUUUUGGUCUCAUCCACACCAAUGUUCAGACAUCAAACACUAUCGCACUUUUCUUUACAAUACUAAACAUAAGUUUAGGCGUUUUUGUCUCAUUAUUUUGUAUAAUCAAAACUGAUAACAUUCAACACCACCGACUCGUCAGGGGUUUGCCUUUUUUGGCCUUUUGUUUCGAAGACAUUAACUGUUCCACAACUAAGACUACGGCGACGGUUAGCGACUCGUAUACUAACCGACCAGUUGUGACACAAGUGACGGCCACACAAGUGGCCGGUAUUGCACAGCACCAGCAGUUGCAACAAUCACUGCAAUCACUUCCACCCUGCCCUCAACUUAUGAGUUCGCAAAUAGACGACAAUUCUUCCACACCACUCGAUCGCCCAUAUAUUUCAGCUCAACGCCAAACUAACACAUUGUACACAUCCAGGAGCGGCACUACAGGACCUAUUCUGGUCAACCCAAUCAACUCCAUUCCCAACAUUAAUAUGUCCGUCAGUGACAUCAACGCAGCCGCUCUCGUGAGCCAUAAUUUUGCCGAUUAUGAGACAAAACUGCAACAAAUCCGUCACAACAGUCUCAGCCGACAACCAAAGCCCAAACGAAAGAUUCGCGUCAAUCAUAACAACCAUUUGGACGACACUUUCAGAUACGGAAUGCAUAGCAAUAUUCCCUCACAAAUGCACUCAAAUCUCUACAACCAAUACAUCGAACAUAUCUAUGAGUCUAUAGACAGCGAUUCGUUGGGUUCUGGCGUUUAUGGCCAACAAAACCGUUUUAGUCGUCGACAACCGGCUGUAAUGUCGAGAGUGAAUGACUUCUAUUCGGGCGCAAACAUCACUGUCAACCCCACCGCCGAUGACGACUGGAGCCAGAAUUCAUCGUCCAGUUGUGGGCCCCUCUAUGACGAGCGACCCCUCCUUAUAGCCAACCAAUCCAUUAACAACAGUCCAAACAUUAACCAACCGUUUAUAUCACAAGAGUUCGGCUCAUCUCAAGUCCAUCACAACUCAAAUCUUAAUAUUUAUGACAAAUCAAGGGAUGAAAUGAGAAGUUUUCGAAACAAUUGUCGAAUUAAAAACUUUGAAAGCAGUGGACAACACAUGACUAUGCCUUCAAACGCCUCUAAUAUGACGGCUUGGAAUAUAUAUCCCACGUCUAGUGAAGGCAACUCUGAUUUACCGGACUUAGUCCAGGACCCCAUCGAUGCCUCUAAUAAUAUUACAACCGUUUUUGUGGGCGGAAGUAAUGCAAUGAAUAUAAGACAUAAUAUGAACUCAGAUAUUGAUGCAAACACUGAUAGUACACAAAAUCAAACGAUACCACAAUUUAUGAGUUCAUCACAGAAUGUCAAAUAUAAGGCUUAUUGUUGAGGAUU